AUGUGCAAGUGCGAAACGGUACUUGGUACUAUUUGUUCGGACAUCGCAACAACUACAGAAACAACUAUCGCGAGUUUAAGAACCGAGCAGCCUAGCGGCCUGGACACCGGCGGGGUCCGGCUGGAACUGAGUAAGGCCCUCGACCUCUGGGCCAGGAAUUCGAAACUCACUUUCCAGGAGAUCAAUAGUGAUCAUGCCGAUAUUCUGGUCUACUUCCACCGGGGUUAUCAUGGAGAUGGAUACCCAUUCGAUGGCAGAGGUCAGAUCCUGGCUCACGCAUUUUUCCCUGGCAAGGAUCGUGGUGGAGACGCUCACUUCGACGAAGAGGAGAUAUGGUUGCUGGAGGACGAGAGCAACGAGGAAGAUGAAAUUUUAACUACGAAGAGAUUGGCGGUAGAAAAAGUAGGAAACACUCCGGAAAUAGCACAGAUUGAAUAG